AUGUUGACUUCUGAGAAGUCGCUCACGGACAGGUUAGCCCAAGUGCUUCCAGAAGACGUUGCAUUCACAUUCCACCACCUCUCAACGCCGCCGACGAAGUGUACACCCAUACUCGCUGCUCCACCUGGCGCAAAGCCGGAGCGGACGUACUGCGAACAUCAAUUCCUGACCGUUUCGAUCCCGUCCAAGGAGAGUCACAAUGAAAGCAAUGUCUUCAUUCUCGCCAUCGAGGUCUUCGUGUACUCAACAGAAAUUCUCACCACGAUAUUUGUCUCCAAAGCGGACUCUACGGGCUACCUCUCUGACCUCACCUUGCCGCGGACGCAAGCCUCACCGUUAAAAGCAAUAAUUUCGACCUUCGUCUCCUACCUCGUACAAUACCGACAAAGACCCAACAAGAGGCUCGUCGUGUCCUUGUUCGCAAGAGCCCAGGACCAAUACCUCUUCCCGGGGAGCAUCGAGAAUAGUAACAAGCAUGUCCUGGACGAUAGAGGGCUUGUCAAGUGGUGGUGCAAAGUCCUAGACCCAGUCCUGCGCGAGUACGCACCUGAGUACGGAGUGCCGGAUACCGCUUGGGAGGAACAGGAACCCCGCGUGAAAAUCACAGCCCAGGGUUACCUCGUCGUACCCGGAUCUGAUGAGCACGAUACCACACGCUUCUUCCCACCGACCGUUCGAUCAGAUCCACCUUCCCAGAAGAGAUGGAAGCAUGGACAUCCCCUCGAGCAAAUCUCCAUGUCGCCAGCCGCACCGCCAAGAAGCCUAAUACCUCACUUUCCGGAUGAUCCCAAGGCUAGAUUCCUAGAUGAGUUGGACGACGAGAUACCCGAUGCGAAUACCCUGUCAGCGAGCACACCAAGCCGCGGUAACGGACAAUGGAAGAGCGUCAAGACUCUGGAGCAAUUCUGGGAGAUGAUGUCAUUCAGGCAAGAAUGCUCGUCAGGCCGGCUGGUCGGGUUCAUCUGGGUAGUCUUCACACCUCCUGGGGUAGCAGAUGCAUCUCAGGGGACAGCAACGGACAGAGAGCCUUCCCUGGCACCCAAUUCGCCUCUACUUGAAGCUGUGCCUCUUCGGGAAGCUCGAUCUUUGUCGAAGACAAGGAAGCUCACAGGACCCAUCCUUCCACGACUCCCCCGCAUUAAAUCCGGCUCCUCGAAUCUCUCCGCAAUGUCGGUAUCGGAGGAGAGCAAGUACUACAUCUGGCCUGAAGUAAGCCGUGGGGAGAUAGUUCUGGACGAGAAAGAUUACAAGCGCGCCCAUGACAUAUUGCUCCGUCUAGAUUUUGCGGAUUCAGCGGUUGCCGCAAGCAGCACUCAGAGGUGGAUUGACGAAGUUGCAGUGCUGGCAGACCGCACGAGUAACUGGGGCAGGUCGGUUGUCGGUCGAAAGUUAGUCGGUCGGGAGACAACUGUCAGAGGCCGCGAAGUCAAUACCAUCGACUUAUCAUCAAUGCGGAAGAAGCGGAAGGCCGAUGUGUCGGACGCGCAGCACGAAGCUGAUCACGCUGCCGCAGCUCUGGCCGCCGGUGUUCUCCUAAAGCAACAGGCGCUCGACAACUCGUUGGAAGCAACAGAGAGAGAACAGGCAGGCUUCACCUUACUUGAGAAUAAGCACGUCAAGGAGAAGCCGAAGCCUAGCACGGACACUCCAUUGGCAAUGAUGGCGGCCUCCAUGGGUGCUGUCAGUGGGGACCUGCUGCAAAAUCCGAAGCUCAAUCUACCAGCUCAGAGUCACCCAGCGUAG